AUGCCCGAGGAAACCAGCCAAUUGGAACGCUUGGUGGGUGCUCCAGAGCCCCAAAAUGAAGAACUCACGGAUUCAGAAAACGAGGAUGACUUUGUGAGAAAGUACGGAGAAAUCGACUUUCGUUACAUCAAAAGACCCAGGGACUCGGUGUGGUUUAUUAGACCCCAUGCCCUCAAUUACUUCAAGGGGGGUACCUUGUACCGGACGAAAGGAGAACGGCUGUCGGGAAAGACCGAGUUGUUCUUGGAUUUGAUCUAUGUGGGCAUCAUUGGCUCGGUAGCUGGAGAUGCGUGUGACAAGGCCUCUUGGUACGCGCUUCUCAAGUACAUUUUGUUGUUUUUGCCUUAUUGGACCGUUUGGGCGGACAUCAAGGACGUGACCAACUACUACUACAACGAGGACUUGUCGCAGAAGUUGUACCUUUUGUGGAUUUUGGUGUUAUUGACCACGUCUGUGAACGCGCAGACACACGUCUUGGAGCUGACCAGGGGCGCUGCUUUUACUAUUGUGCCUUAUAUUAUUUGUCGCCUUUCAUUGGCCUUUUUGCUCUUGUUUUACUCGUUCUACGUGCCCGAGCACAGACCGCAACAGCGGUUGUAUUUCGUGUUUUUGGUCAUCACGAGCAGUCUUUGGAUUCCUGUGAUUUUCGUGGGCGUCAAGACCAAGGUGAUUUUGGCGUUGGUGACUAUCGCCUUGGAGCAGAUCACCUUCUCGAUUGCGUUCCACCCCAUCACCAAAAGAAUGCUCAAACUCACCAUGUCCACAGCUCUCAAUAUCGAGCACGAGGUUGAGCGGAUGGCUGCUUUCUACACCGUUGCAAUUGGCGAGUUUUUGACCAAAGUCACGGCAGAAUCGCCCAUCGGCGUGGGUUUCACCAAAUUGUACCCUAGGGCGAUCUAUUUCCUUGUGAUUGCGUACAUUCUUUUUUGGUUUUACGACAAUGCUGGCACGUCCCAAAAAGCCGUCCAUCCUCUUCGCCAUAGCGCCACGCGUGCCAUUUCAUGGAUUUACAUCCAUGUGCCGCUUAUUGGCUCAGUGGUGCUUGCUGCUGAUGCUGGAGGUGAGCUUCUUGGGAUCGAGGAACCCCUGACUGACGUUGUGCUUGGAGAAGAAAAAGAUGUGUACGUCCUCACCUUGUUUUUCACCGGUGGUUUGUUUGUGACUUUGCUCUCAAUCACGGUUAUUGGGUUUCUUGACGAUUGCAGAGAUCCUCCUGAAGUGUUCUUGGUGCUGAAGUUCUGGCGUGUAAUUUGGAGGGUUCCUGUUGCGCUUGCCAUUCUCUUGCUGAGUUUCUUGAACCUUGGCAUUUCGGCCAUCAUGGGCACUGCCAUGGGGCUUCUUGUGGUGCUCUACGUGUACGAGAGUGUUGUGGCUACGCCGAAGAAGAACCUUCCGUUUUGGUGUCAACGCAGUGUUGCCUUGUAA